GUUCUCACGUCGAGCUGUCUCGGUCACCCCGGUCCGGGUCUACAAGAACUCCGGCUUUCCAAGCGGACGAGGGGGAGAGAGACUGACCGCAGAUUCAACUCUUCUUUUUUUUUAAUAAACUUUCUGUCCGCAGUUCUGCAGAUCAGCAUCGGCACCAUGGGGAAAGGCUGUGUGACGGCGAUCAAGUACUUCCUGUUCCUCUUCAACGUCAUCUUCUUUCUGUUUGGGGCUGUCAUCAUGGGCAUUGGACUGUGGCUCCUCCUGGACAAUCAGAGCUUCAUAACCGUCCUACAAUACUCCUCCAUGGGCCUGAAGGUGGCGUCCUAUGUCCUGAUUGGAGUUGGGGCUCUCUCCAUGCUGAUGGGUUUCCUGGGCUGCCUGGGGGCCAUCUACGAGAUCCGCUGUCUCCUGGGCCUGUACUUCACUUGCCUCCUGCUGACCCUCAUCGCUCAAGUCACAACAGGUGCCAUCAUCUACUUCCAGAAAGACCUGGUAAAUCAGGAGAUGUCCAAUAUUGUAACCAUAGUCCUGGACAACUACCCUGGCAAGAACACGACCACCGAACAGGCCUGGGACUUCAUCCAGCGCACAAUGGAGUGCUGUGGGUGGACUGGGAGACUGGACUGGAACAGCAACAUGGUGAUCGUCAACAGCUCCCAGCUGCUGUUCCCCUGCUCCUGUCAGAACAUCUCCAUGGCCACAGGCAACUUCUCCGACAGUGGCUUCUGUGAGGCGCAGACCCCUGAUUGGCCCGUGUAUGACAUGGGUUGUUCGGCCAGUGUGGAGGGCUGGCUCCUCACCAACCUGGGGGGGAUUCUGGGCAUCUGCCUCGGUGUGGCUGUGAUUGAGCUGCUGGGAAUGAUUCUGUCCAUCUGCCUGUGUAAAAGUGUACAUACAGAAGACUACACCAAGGUACCGAAGUACUGACGCUCCGUGGUGCCGAGCACAGCCACACCGCCCACCUGCAGGCGGAGCGAGAGACGUGAAAGAGAAAAUGGAAGUGAAGCGUUUUCCCCCUGUGUCGGGUGAAAUAUUUUGUCCAAAUGUAAAAAACGUGUAUGCUUCUUUUGUUGUAUUUCUUUAGGCACUUCCAGUUUGGUUUUCCUUUUUCGUUUUUUACCGCGUCGUGUCCCUGGAGCACCUCGGAGUUUUUGUUUUGGCGUUUCGUAUCCCGGAGCGGUUCGGAGGCAAAUCAGGUUCUCAAGACCGGUCGUAAGAAAAGCCCGGUAAAACGAACCGACAACGUGAGGAGCACGAGGCGAGAUGGACUCGGGGGGGGGGGGUAUCGGGGUCAGAAAAGGGUUCACAUUAAGUAGAGUAUUCUACUCUAUUCUACUCAUAGUACUCUAGUCCAGUGGUUCUCAAUCUUUUUGGGGUCCUGGACCCCCUGCGUAUUUUUGAUCUACCCUGAGGACCCCUCCACCUGAUCUUGGGGGAGGGGGGUUGCAAUUUGAUAGAAACAGUAGAAACUGCAUUUUAAAUUGCAUUAUAGCAUUUAUUCACUCUUUGGGGCACAAAUAAGAGCUUUCAGUUGUAACUUAGAUAUAGUUAACAAAACAGAAUUCUUAUGCAGUAACUUUCAGAUAUAUGUAACAAAACAGAAUAUGUAUUCAGUAACUUUCAGAUAUAUGUAACAAAACAGAAUAUGUAUUCAGUAACUUUCAGAUAUAUGUAACAAAACAGAAUAUGUAUUCAGUAACUUUCAGAUAUAUGUAACAAAACAGCAUUUUUAUGCAGUAACUUUAUGCGAGAUCUCUUAUUAAAAUACACUAAAUUACACUUGUGAAACAGAUGUAAUUAGAGAAAACAGUCCUGUUACCCUUUAUAGUUUAGGUAGAUAAAGGUCUCAGUCACAUUUGAGUAAAAUAAUCCUAUUUCUAUAAAUGUCAUAGGAUUUUUUUUUUAAAGAGAUUUUAUUUUCACGGACCCCUUGCAAUUACACCACGGACCACUAGGGGUCCGCGGACCUCCGGUUGAGAAACACUGCUCUAGUAUACUUAUAGUACCCUAUUAUACUUAUAGUACUCUAUUAUAGUACUCUGUUCUGUUCCUUAAGCUCUCCUGUAGUUCGGGUUUCGUUUCAGUUGAAGCAGAAAUGUUGUUUUACCUCCACGAGAGACAGAAUCUGAACCGGCUCCAAGACUGGAGAAUCCAUCCACACGUGUCUUUACAUGACCCCCCCGAGUCUGCUGAGCUGAUGAGUUAUUUCUUGUGCACUGUAUAUAACUUUACUUUACUUUAGUUUUAUAGCUUUUCUGAAUUGGAAUCCAAAACCAACCCCGCCAGUCUUUGUUGUCAAGCUGGUCCCUCCUUAUAUUUUCAGAAGGUACGUUUUUCUUUAUUGUCUGUAUUUUUUAUUUGAAGUUGUCACCAUGUUCGACGAGCAAUGGAAAUAAUGAGCUACUGAAGGCCGCAUCGAUUUGGAUUUCUGGUUUUCCGGAACGUUCGCGUUCAGUUUAAAUUUGUCUUUUAAGGGGAAAAAAAGUAAUUUUUUUAAGGAAAAUUUUUAAAAAAUUUUGUAAGAAUUUUUUUAAAAAAAAAUGUCCAUGAAGGGUUCUUCUGAUCAGACUGAGGUUUAUUCCACGCUUUCCUUGUACACAAGGGAACGCUGUGGUGAUACCAUCACCCAAUUUCCAACAACAAAAACGUAAAAAAUUAGAUGGAGUUGGAAAGAAUUUCCUAGAGAAACAAACCCAACUCGGAUCAGAGCGGGUGAGAGGUGGCAGAAGGGGAGAAGAAGCUCGUGCUUCUGAGGGGUGGGUUCCCCUUUCGGGCGACAUUUGUUUUUACUUUGUUUGGAAUACGUUUAUAUACAUUUUUAACGUUUCGGUGAAGCUGUUGUUUUUAUAAUGUAUAAAAUGUCCUCUACUUUUGAGUUUAUGUACAGUAUAUAUAAAAACCAUCCUAUUAACCUUCAAGUAAUUUCUAUUAGUCCCAUGUAAACUGGAAGAACUUGUGUUGGCUCGCUGCAUUAGUUCCUGUAAACUCACCACGACCCUUCGGUUUUGUUUUGCAAAUAAACUUGAUGCAGAGA